CAUGUGCGAGACCCUCCCCGUCUCAGUCUCCAUCAGUGGGACUCACCAUGCACAACCCUCCUCCCACCGCACCUUGGGCACAUUUCCCAGAGUGUGCGUGGCUUUGUCUGCAAGUCCCACCCCUCUUUGCCCUUCUCCUGCCUCUCAGCUUGGUGCUCACAGGGACAGGGCAACUAGGUGACCUGGGCUGGGUCCAGGCCUACUAGGCAGUGGCUCAGGCCAUGGAAGACUCUUUGUUUUCACCGAGCUUCAGUUUCCACACAGCUUGGGCUGACAGCUUGUCAAGCCCCCCUUUCAUUUUGCCUUCUGUGCUUCCAUGUUUCCGGUUCCUGCAUCUGGGGCCAGCUGGGCGGGGAGGGUCUGCUCUCUGUGUGUCUGCACUGGGGCGCACACCUUCCCCCCACUGUCCUGGGCUGGCCAUGGGGCCUGCCGGCCGUCAUUGUGCAUUACCAGAGGAGCACUGGGGCCCUGCUGAUGGAGGCCCUGUGGCUCUGGGAGCAGAGAGACCCCAUCUACCUGAAGGACAAGGUGACGCAGCGGCAUUCCAAAGAGCAGUUCGAGACGGCUCAGAAGAUUGAGCAGGAGUACAGUAGAUACUUCACAGGGGUCGUCCAAGGAGGAGCCCUGUCAAGCAUUUGCACUCAGAUCUUGGCGAUGGUCCAUCAAGAACAAAACAGAGUCCUGUGGAUCCCAGACUGCCCGCUGUAGAGCAGUGCCAUGCCGGAAGUCGCUGAUGCUCGUCUGCUGGCAUGACCUUCAGGCCCGCUCCUUCUCAGUGACCGGAAGUACGAGGGGAAGGACCUGUGCACAUGGUCUCCGGAAGCAUCUCCUCUGUGGACCGAGGGCCCUGGUUCUAGGUCCAGGCCAGCGGACUGCCUUCCUCUCACA